UCAGCUGCUUCCCAUAUAAACACUACAUCAAAAAAAACAUACAAAGGAAUUUACGAAACCGGGUCUGGCUACCCCGAGUCCCUAACCCGCAUUGCUCGUUUCGCUUCGCGGUAUUUUGCCUUUACUGAACCAGUCUGCCGCCGCCUCUCGUGGCGAACGAAUGUCGCGUCAGUCCCGCAGUGAGUUGUUGUCAAACGAUAAAAAUAAAUACGACAUGCAUUCAUGAAACAAACUGUUAAACAAGCAAGUGCACUAAAGACUGUUAUGGUUACAAACCAUCAAGUUGUUACAACAUACUGUUUUGAUAACAUACCUGCGGCCAACGAUUGUGCAUCGAUUUUACCGAGAAAAGAAUAUGAGGAUUGAAGUGGUUUCAAAGUGAUUUUGUGCCCCAAAGGAGGCUGAGUGACUAUGAUCAGUGCAAACAGUGUUUUUAGUACAAACUUAUACGUCAAAUUAAGAAAAAGAUUGUUAUUGUUAUAAAAUUGAGGAGUUUGUGUGAUUAUUUUUGGAUUAACGCGCGUAGGUUAACGUUGCCCACGCCGAUUCUAAAUAUUGCGUUUUGAGUCAACAGUUCAUGUAAUCGUGCGAGAAGCCUAGCCAGUGCGGCCCUUCGUCAUUCGAUUACCUGCAAAAAUGAUGUGGCCGGCGUCGCAAGCGAGUAAAAUACUCACAUUUCUGCUUCUAGUCAUCGUAGUGUACUGCAUUUGUAUGGACACAUUCCUGUUUCUGAGGAUACAGAACUAUAAAAUUGAUGGCUUCGAUGUCACGACGAAUGUCACACAAGAAACGUCUACGAUACAACAGUCAAGGAAUUUGCCGAACUACGAGGAUGUAACAUGGGUUCCUUGCACCAUAAACCCUUUAUGUCAUCCUACGGUCAAAGCGCUUAUGGUGGACCAUAUCAAUCACUACAUUUAUGGGCCUUUGUGCGCGAUUGUCGAUGUGGGCCUAGGCAUUUCCGAGAACUGGUUGUUUAUAACGCCGAACAUGAUAUCCUUCUUCCAUGUUUUGGUCGCAGUUAUUGGCGCGAAACUGUUGACAUGCCCGAAUUUGGCAUUCAGAAGAGUUGCCAUAGUUUUGUUCCAAAUUCGAAUGUUUUUAGACGAUUUGGACGGUCAUGUGGCGAGAGAAAGGAAGCAUAUAAAAGGAGAGAGGUCUGAUGUUGGCAGUUUGGGUUACUGGGUCGACGGGAUUUGCGACUUGCUUGGAGUCAUUGCAAUGAUGAUUGGCAUAACGUUAUAUUUGCGAAACAAUCCACCGAGAAGAGGCUACAAAAACACGCCAGCCAGCACUCUUCCUUACCAUCAGCUAAAAGAAAUAAAUUCGACAGAAGACAUAGAAAAGGAUCAUAGCACAGACAAUGGGAUAUCCUAUAAAACUAAAGUGACCUUCCAGAAAAUAGCUCAAGUGAUUUGCCUGUUUUCGGGACAAAUGGUGCUAUCGUCGUUAGCUUGGAACAGAUACAUAGAUAUUUAUCAGGAUCUGUUAGAGAAUUGUACUGAAUACGAUGCUAUUAGACGUGAGACAAUGUUUAGAAGUGGUAAGUUUUUCUUUACGUCUGCCAUUUGGAGGAUAAUGAACCCGCAUAGUUACCUUCACGUGUUGUCCUUGGCAGUAUUUUGUGAUAAAACCUGGUGGUUCCUGAAGACUGUGCAUUAUACCGGGUAUUUAGGACUUGUGGUAGCAGUUGGUACGUCUGAAUAUUUUAUAGAUAACAUUAGAGCUUAUGUAUUGAAUAUGGUCGAUGGACGAUGAUUGUUUUUAAUUAGGAAUAAACGCGUAUAAUCAUUGAUAAAA